AAGAGAAAGCAACAUGGCGGAGAACCCAAAGCAGUGGUUGAGACAUGGUUCAGAAGUGGAUCUUACCACAAAGAAAAGGCCUGGAUGUUUGGCUGAAGGUCUAUUAGCAAAGAAGGAAAGUAACCGACAGACAUGGCAAACAAGGAUUUGUAUUGGCGUCGCUUUUCCUCAGUGAAGAGCCCUGAAGGAAGAAAUUGGGCUGAGGGCAGACACGGAUGUUGCCUUGCUGCUGUUGGAUAACAUGCGUACCCAAUCAGGCCGUGGUUUCACCCAUGGAGCCAUGGCCACAAAGAGACGAAGGGACAAGAGAGCUGAACAGUGUGUGCUGCUGAAGGUGCCAACUCGCUGCCAUCCAACUGGAGGUGUCCAUGUAGCUAAGAGCUAGAAAGGUGUGUGUUUACAGGAAGCUCCGUCUAGAUUCCAGGUGUGGACACGGAGGGGUCGAACUGGCUAUAUAAAGGACAGUGGGACCUUUGAUUGCACAUGCAAGUAUAAGAUGUCAUGAUUGUCAUGAUUGGACAAUUGAAGAUAAGGAUGAUCAGUAAUGAGAGGAUGAACGUGUUUAUCAUCAUAUGCAGCUGCCUUUGUCUCACUUUUACAGGAGCCUCAGAAACAGAGCGGAGGCUCCAUCAGAAGCUGUUUGAAAACUACAACAUGAAAGUCAGACCAGCUCGUUACUGGGAGGAGAAGGUGAUGGUUCGGGUGGGGAUGACCCUCUCUCAGCUCGUCAGCUUGAACGAGAAGAACGAAGAGAUGACAACCAACGUGUUCAUGAAUCUGGCAUGGACAGACUACAGGUUGUCAUGGAACCCAGCGGAAUAUGACAACAUUAAUGUUUUGAGGAUUCCUCCCAACAAGGUGUGGCGUCCUGACAUCUACCUCAUAAACAAUAAUGAUGGUCAGUUUGACGUGGCUCUGUACGUCAACGUCUUGGUUUACAGUGAUGGGACAGUCAACUGGCUUCCCCCAGCCAUCUACCGCAGCUCCUGCUCUAUACAGGUGUCGUACUUCCCAUUUGACUGGCAGAACUGCAGCAUGAUUUUCCGCUCGUACACCUAUGACGCCUCUGAGGUGGACCUGCAGUACUUUCUGGACGAUGAAAGCAGAGAGAUCAAAGAGAUUGUUAUAGAUGAGAACGCUUUCACUGAAAACGGAGAAUGGGCCAUCUGUCACAAACCCUCCAGAAAGAACGUAAAGGAGGACCUGUACGAGGACAUCACCUUCUACCUCAUCAUACAGAGGAAGCCUCUUUUCUACAUCAUCAACAUCAUCGUGCCCUGCAUCCUCACCAGCGUGUUGGCUAUAUUUGUCUUCUACUUGCCUCCCGGAGCAGGAGAGAAGAUGACUCUCUCCAUUUCCGUCCUCAUCGCUCUGACUGUCUUCAUGCUUCUGCUGGCUCAAAAGGUCCCCGAGACUUCCCUUGGCAUCCCAAUCAUUGUCAACUACGUCAUGUUCACUAUGAUCCUGGUCACAUUCUCUGUCAUCCUAAGUGUAGUCGUCCUCAAUCUGCACCACCGAACGCCCAGCACACACAUCAUGCCAAACUGGGUUCGAAAGGUAUUUAUUCAGUUCCUGCCUCAGUAUAUCGGCAUGACAAGGCCAAACCCAGAGGAAAUUGAAGAGGCGGAUUCUGAAGAGAAGCUGCCCAUCCGAACCUUCAAUGGCAGGCAGCCUGGAGGGGAAUACUUCUUCCGCAAGAUCAACCCUGAUCUCGUCAUACCCUGGAGAGGCAGGUGUGAGAGCACAGUGCACCUCCAGCGGCUGCCAGACACUGACAACUACUGUCUGAUCCUCCCUCCCAACCUGAAGUCGGCCAUCUCUGCCGUGACAUACAUGGCCGAGCAGCUGAAGAAGCAGGACACGGAUGACACGAUGACAGGAGACUGGCAGUUCAUUGCCCUCGUGGUGGACCGUCUCUUCCUGUGGUUGUUUGUCAUCAUCACCACCCUGGGCACCCUGGCCAUGUUCUUGGACGCCAGUUUCAACUAUACACCCGACGACCCCUUUCCAUAGAAGACAACAAACACACACACACAGUUGGAGCUUGAUACACUGGUUGUCACUUCUUCUUAUUGGUGAUUUCUGACAUCACCAGAUCUGACUUUCCAUAAAUACCUAUUCCAUAUUCCAAUAUUCCAAAUUUCUGUUGUGAGCCUCUGAAAUGUUUUGUCAGGUCAGAUUGCAAAAGAAAACGUGUCACAUUUGCAUUAAGUAGAACCAU